AUGCCCUCGGAGCGCUCUUUCCCCCCACCCCUGUAUCCCUUAUCCUCCCCCCGCCCAGCACCACCACCGCCCGACCCCGCCUCACCGGCCUCCAUCGCUUAUACCGCCGCCCUAGAAGACGAACUCCAGUCGUUACCGUUCUUGACUGCACAUCGGGCCCGUGAAGAUGCUGCGGAAUGGUACGAAACCCGCCCACACGCGGCCAUCCCACCGGAGAUCCGUGCGAACAAGCUCACGAGCGGCGCACUCGCCGGCCCGGGGCGCCUCGCACUGCUCCCGCUCGCGCGCGUGAAGAAGGACGAGAGCGAGGCCCUGAUAUUCGUCCAUCUUGGCCGCGGACUGUGUGGGCACGACGGCAUCGUGCAUGGCGGAAUGCUUGCGACAUUGUUGGAUGAAUCGCUGGGACGAAACGCUAUCAUCAACCUGCCCGCCCAGAUUGGCGUCACGGCGCACCUCGGGCUGCGCUACCGUGCCCCAACGCGCGCGGACCAGUUCGUCGUCAUCCGCACGUCGCUCGUCUCCCAGACCGGACGCAAGGCGGCGGUGAAGGGCACGGUCGAGACGCUGGACGGGACUGUGCUCGUGGAGGCCGACGCGCUGUUCGUGCAGCCCAAGUACGCCAAGCUGCUGAGCGCAAGCGUCGUCCGCCAGCAUAUGGGUGAGCCGCCAAAGGAGCCCGUGUUGUUGGCCGAAGGCGAAGGGAAGGUGAAGUAG